CGGUCGCGCCCCGCGCCGGUCCCGUCGCCGGCCCGUCCUCCGCGCCGCCGGCAGCGCGGCGGAUCCCUUGGCAUGGCGCUGCCCCGCCUGCCCGCGGUGCUGGCCUCGGCGUCGGCCGGCCCAGCGAGGAUGAGUCUGUUCGGCUCCACGUCCGGGUUCGGUACCGGCGGUACCAGCAUGUUCGGCAGCACGACUGCGGAUAACCACAACCCGAUGAAGGAUAUUGAAGUAACAUCUCCGCCCGAUGACAGCAUAUCUUGCUUAGCGUUCAGUCCACCAACACUGCCGGGCAAUUUCCUUAUUGCAGGAUCGUGGGCAAACGAUGUUCGCUGCUGGGAAGUUCAGGAUAACGGACAGACGAUUCCAAAGGCUCAGCAGAUGCACACAGGACCUGUACUGGAUGGCUGCUGGAGUGAUGAUGGAAGUAAAGUAUUUACUGCUUCCUGUGAUAAAACUGCCAAAAUGUGGGAUCUCAACAGUAAUCAGGCUAUUCAGAUUGCACAACAUGAAGCUCCUGUGAAGACCAUCCAUUGGAUUAAAGCACCCAAUUACAGCUGUGUGAUGACAGGAAGCUGGGAUAAAACUUUGAAGUUCUGGGAUACCCGUUCACCAACACCUAUGAUGACACUGCAGCUCCCUGAAAGAUGUUACUGUGCAGAUGUGGUUCAUCCUAUGGCUGCUGUGGCCACCGCAGAAAGGGGUUUGAUAGUUUAUCAGUUAGAGAACCAGCCAUCUGAAUUUAGAAGAAUAGAAUCACCUCUUAAACACCAGCAUCGCUGCGUUGCUAUUUUUAAAGACAAAGUGAACAAACCUACUGGAUUUGCCCUUGGAAGUAUUGAAGGAAGAGUAGCUAUUCAUUAUAUCAACCCUCCAAAUCCUGCAAAAGAUAAUUUCACUUUCAAAUGUCAUCGCUCCAAUGGAACAAACACAUCAGCACCUCAGGAUAUCUAUGCUGUAAAUGGAAUAGCAUUCCAUCCUGUCCAUGGCACUCUUGCAACAGUGGGAUCUGAUGGUAGAUUCAGCUUUUGGGAUAAAGAUGCACGAACAAAGCUAAAAACAUCAGAACAACUUGACCAACCAAUAUCUGCUUGUUGUUUCAACCAUAAUGGGAAUAUAUUUGCAUAUGCUUCCAGUUAUGAUUGGUCAAAGGGUCAUGAAUUUUAUAAUCCACAAAAGAAAAACUACAUUUUUCUGCGAAAUGCAGCAGAAGAGUUAAAGCCUCGGAAUAAGAAGUAGUGAGUAUGAGUCUGAGUUUGUUACUCUCCAGUGUUUCUGCCAUUCAUGCCUAUACUCUGCCACUUGUGCCCUAUUGCACCGCAGUUCUGUCAAAUCUGGAUUGUUUUUAACAGGAAGUAUAGAAUGAUUUCUGCUGUGAAUUGCUGGAGGAUGUUUUUCAAGCUAGAUAUUAUGAUGUGUUUGUAUGCAUUGGAAGAGUGGCUGUUAUUCAUGUGACUCAAGCACUGUCUGUUCCAAAGCAAUAAUGAAAUUGCAGCAAAAUUUAAAUCUUCAUUAGUUAUUCCUGCUUAGAAGCUCAGGCAUUUGUUCCUUUUUUUUUUUUUUUAAUUGGUACUAACUAAAAUAUGUUAAUUGUAAUAGUUCUGGAGAAGUUGUAUGCAUACUGUAUUUUUUUGUAAGCACUUGCAAUUCGUCAUGCAGUUCUUCUCAAAGGAGGCUUGUUUUUACUUAUGGUCUAGGGAUUCUUUCAUUGGUUGAUGGUUUUUUUUAUUUCAUUUUAAAUGGAAGUACUGCCUGCUAUAUGCUGGGAGGAAAUGCCUUGCAAAUUGUUUUCCUUUUUUUAAUGACUUUGGUAGGUAUGUAUAGCAGUGACAAAUUCAAGACAGAAGAUGGAUGGACACAAGUGCAAAUUCUGUUUUACUUUACUUUUACACUCCAGCAAUGCACAAGACUUUUGAGCCAACGAUUCUCAUGCUAGUCCAAAGGAGAAACUGCCAGUUGUGCCAAGUGGUAUAGAGUACAGUAAUGUCAGCAACCCAUUAAAAGUUUUGUUCUGUUUGUGACCGAACUGAUGAGUGCAAAAUACCAGUGGCCUACACUGCUUUAAAGCUGACAUUUUUUGAGUUAAGAGUUAGCUUCUACAUCUCUGUUAACACUUCUCGUCCCUUAACAGGGGUUUCUGGACUGAAAAGAAAGCUCAUUUUUGUAUUAACUAGAGAAUAGUGCUGGUGAGUUUUAUCCUGAUCAGAAACGCUGUGAAGCAAAGUCAAAGCAAUGUGUGUCUCUCUGAUCUGAAUCUACCACUGUUUACUUCUAACUAUCCAGUUGUACACAUGCCAAAGUUUCUUUCUAGAAGUGAAUGCUUACUGUUCCUGUUCAGCUCUUGUUUGAUAACAAUUAAAAUGGUGAGGGGAUGCAUGUAUAAAAAUACUUGUCAUAUUGUACAAACUCUGUAAAACUGUAUGUUGUGACAGUUAUGGUUAUGGAUUCAUGCUAUGUUUCAAAUAAAAUUUUUACGAAAUGCU